AUGGUAAAAGCAUACAGACAAGAGCAUGUCUACAAGCAUCCAUGGGAGCGAGUGAGCGCUGCCUCAUGGAGGAAGUUUGCAGACCCUGAAAACAAACGCAUCCUUUCUCACAUCCUCGAAGUCGACACCUUGAACCGUAAACUCGACACGGACACCGGGAAACUCCACACCACACGUGCCCUCACCAUCCAUGCUCCUGGCCCAUGGUUCCUUCACAGGAUCAUCGGUCAGGACAUCUGUCACUGCGUUGAAUCAACUGUUGUCGAUGGCAAAUCACGUUCUAUGCAGCUUACUACAAAGAACAUUAGUCUCCAGAAGUUUAUUGAAGUGGAGGAGAGGAUAAGGUACGAUCCGCAUCCAGAGAAUCCAUCGGCAUGGACGGUUUGUAGCCAGGAGACGAGCAUUAGGAUCAAACCCUUGUCGGCUCUGGCCUCAAUGGCGGAGAAAGUUGAGCAAAAGUGCGCAGAGAAAUUCAUGCAGAAUAGCGUCAAAGGACGAGAGGUUAUGGAGAGGAUUUGUAAGUAUAUGGAAGCAGAAUCAGCUCCAAUCUAA